AUGUUCCGCAUCCACCACCGCACUGCGUUUCUAUCGUCGUCUUCUACCCUUUUAAAUCGCCUCCCGGCACUAAAAACACGCCGUCCACAUGAUGUGCGCGGCUUCCGUGCUAUUCCUGGCAAAGGCGCUGAUAAGCGCGCAAUUUUUCAACAAAAGGGACUAUAUCGCAAGCUUGAAGAAAAGGACAGUUGUGGUGUUGGAAUGAUUGCUAGCUUAAAGAAGAAUUCAUCACGAUCGACAGUCGUAAAGGCUAAUGAAAUGCUUGUGCGUAUGUCCCAUCGCGGCGGUUGCGGCUGCGAUCCCGCAUCUGGUGAUGGCGCUGGAAUGUUAGUCGCACUGCCACACGAAUUUAUCCAGCGAGUGGCUAAAAACGGCGAAUUUGGUCCCGCUGCAAAGCUUCUAAACCUUGAAAAGGAAAAGUAUGCCGUGGGUAAUGUUUUUUUUAACAAGAGCGCUCCUAAUGAUAUUCCAUUGGCUAAGAAGACGUUUGAUGAUAUCGCUGGCGCCAUGGGUUUGAAGGUUGUGGGCUGGAGAGUGACACCCACGACAUGUGAUACUCUAGGAGCCACAUCUCUUGCUUCUGAGCCCCAUGUUGAACAGGUGAUGGUACUUCACGAGAAUCCAACGCUAUCGGGCGACGAUUUCGAGAAGGAGCUUUUGCGGCUUCGCAGUGUUGUCACAUCUAUCAACGAGAAGAAGUAUUCGGACUUUUACGUUAACUCUUUGAGUAAUCGUACAAUCACGUAUAAGGGUCAGCUUACACCCGAGCAACUAUUUGAGUACUACGACGAUCUUUCUGCAAACGAUUUCACGUCGUACGUGGCACUUGUGCACUCACGUUUCUCAACAAACACAUUCCCCUCUUGGGAUCGAGCGCAGCCCAAUCGUAUAAUGUGUCACAAUGGUGAAAUUAACACUUUACGCGGCAAUAAAAAUUGGAUGUAUGCUCGUGGUGGCACGUUGCACAGCUCGUACUUUGGCAAUCGCACGUCGGAUUUGCUGCCGGUAUGUUCUGAUACUAAGUCGGACUCUGGGAAUUUCGACGCGGUACUGGAAAUUCUUACAAAGGCCAGCUCCUGCAAUCGAUCACUGCCUGAAGGUAUGAUGAUGAUGAUUCCUGAGGCCUGGCAGAACGAUCCGUUAGUUGCUCCACACAAGAAGGACAUGUACAAAUAUCAGUCGCUGCUGAUGGAGCCGUGGGACGGACCUGCCAUGAUGGCUUUUACAGAUGGUAAGUACAUUGGUGCUACUCUGGAUCGCAACGGUCUACGCCCAAGCCGAUACUACGUCACAAAAGACGAUCAUGUUCUUCUAUCGAGUGAGAUUGGGGUGUUGGAGAAUCUACCAGAAAAAGACAUCAAGUAUAAACGUCGUCUUGAACCUGGUAAGAUGUUCUUGGUGGAUUUUGAACGUGGAUUGAUUGUGUCCGAUGACGAGGUGAAGAGAACUGUAAGCGAAAGUCGUCCGUUUAAACGGUGGCUUGAUGAGAAUCUUGUUUCACUUUCAGAUUUAACUGCUAUUAAAAAAGAAAACAUGCCACAACAGAAGCGCCAGCGAAAUUACGCCGAGCUGAAUCGCCGUUUAAACAUGUUUGGCUUUACAACGGAAACGAUGGACUUAUUGAUGAUGCCGAUGGGCAUCACUGGAAAGGAGGCGUUGGGUAGUAUGGGCAAUGACGCGCCGCUGGCUGUUUUGUCGGAGCAGCCAAAGCUGCCGUUUGAGUAUUUCAAGCAAUUGUUUGCGCAAGUGACGAAUCCACCAAUUGAUCCGAUUCGUGAAGAAUUAGUCAUGAGUCUUAUGUGUCCCGUCGGUCCUGCUGCCAAUGUUCUUGACGCCACUGCCGAACACGCCAAGCGUCUUAUGGUGGAGGACCCGGUGAUGUCGAACGCUGAAAUGAACGCGCUGAAGAGCACAAAUAAUUCCGACUGGACGCCAAAAGUAUUGGACGCUACGUUUGCUGCAGGCAGUGGUGCGCGCGGUCUUGUAGAAGCUCUUUACCGUCUCUGCGAACAAGCUACUGACGCACUUGUAAAUGAAAAGGCCCCAAUUAUUGUGCUGUCGGACAAACUUGCUGGUGUUAAUCGCUACCCCGUGCCGUCACUGCUCGCGGUUGGUGCUGUACAUCAGCAUUUGUUACGCACACAGCAGCGUACAAGUGUCGCUUUGUUUACAGAGUGUGGUGAUGCUAAGGAGGUACAUGACAUUUGCACUUUAUUGGGAUUCGGCGCAGACGCUAUUAAUCCUCACAUGGCUGAGAUGGCGCUGAACAAGAUGAAUGACGAAGGUCUUCUGUAUGCACAUUCGAAGAAAACGAUGUCGAAUGCAGAAGUCUUUGACAAAUACCGUGCCGCGGUAGGCAAAGGCAUUUUGAAGGUUAUGUCCAAAAUGGGCAUAUCCACGCUCCAGUCGUACAAGGGCGCGCAGGUAUUUGAAGCUGUGGGUCUCGGCGAUGACAUCAUUAGCAUGUGUUUCGAAGGUACCAACUCGCGUAUUCAGGGUACAGACUUUGAAGCCUUGUACACAGAUAUCUCACGUUUUCAUGAAGCUGGAUACCCGCUGCACUCGGACAUGCUACCAUUGAUUCGCAACCCUGGCAGUUAUCACUUUCGGAAUGACUCUGAGAUCCACUACAAUUCACCCAAAAAUAUUGUGGCUCUACAGCGAGCUGCGCGGGAAAACUCACGUGAGGCUUAUGCGCAGUACGUCGAGGAGACAAACGCUCUGUGCAAGCGCGUGAAUUUGCGUGGCCUUUUGGAUUUCAAAUUUGUCGAGGAAGACAAAAUGCCCAAAAUUGACGAGAUGGAAAGUGUUGCAGAAAUUGUAAAGCGUUUCAAUACUGGUGCUAUGAGUUUGGGCAGUAUUUCUCAAGAAACGCACGAAGCACUGGCGAUUGCAAUGAACAGUAUUGGUGGACGUAGCAACACUGGUGAGGGUGGCGAAGACGUCAAACGUUUUUCAAAGCCUGGAGAGCCACCGAAUCCUCGUCGCUCGGCCAUUAAACAAGUAGCUUCAGGACGUUUCGGUGUCACAAUGAACUAUUUGACUAAUGCCGAUCAGCUACAAAUCAAAAUGGCGCAGGGUGCGAAGCCUGGUGAAGGCGGUGAGUUACCUGGCCACAAGGUAAGCGAUUACAUUGGCUCGAUGCGCCAUACUACCCCCGGCGUAGGCCUGAUUUCGCCUCCGCCCCACCACGAUAUUUACUCAAUUGAGGAUCUAGCUCAGUUGAUUCACGACCUCAAACAUUCAAAUCCGUCUGCUGAAGUUUCUGUUAAGCUUGUUUCAGAAGUCGGUGUCGGUGUGGUUGCAGCUGGUGUUGCCAAAGCAAAAUCGGACCACAUUACCGUAUCUGGUCACGAUGGUGGAACCGGUGCCUCGUCGUGGACUGGAGUCAAAAAUGGUGGACUUCCGUGGGAGUUAGGACUUGCAGAGACGCAGCAGACGCUUGUGCUGAAUAACCUUCGUUCCCGCGUAAAGUUGCAGACUGACGGGCAGCUGAAGACUGGCCGUGACGUGAUGAUAGCUGCUUUGCUUGGUGCCGAGGAAUUCGGUUUCGCAACUGGUCCGCUUAUUGCCCUUGGUUGCAUAAUGAUGCGCAAGUGCCAUCUGAAUACGUGUCCCGUUGGUAUUGCCACACAAGAUCCAGAGCUUCGUAAGAAAUUUCAAGGUCAACCCGAGCAUGUAGUGAAUUUUAUGUUUAUGCUCGCAGAAGAGGUACGCGACUACAUGCGCCGUCUCGGAUUCUGCAAGCUCGACGAUUUAAUUGGACGCGCGGAUCUUCUCAAAGUCAAUCAAGACGCUCUACACUACAAGAGUCGCAAACUAGAUUUAUCUCCACUUUUGAUCAACGCCAGCUCGCUGAACGAGGGUGCAGGAGUAAAAAAAGAGAUCGAGCAGGACCACGUAGUAGAGAAGUGCAUUGACAUGCGCUUAAUUGAAAAGGCCAAGAAUGCUCUUGAAGACAAAACGCCAGUGGUCAUCGAAGACACCGUGUCAAACCUAGACCGUACGCUUGGUGCAACAUUGUCGCACGAGAUUUGCAAGCGUUACGGCGAAAACGGUUUACCAAACGGAACGAUUCACUUAAAACUCAAGGGCCACGGCGGCCAGAGUCUGGCGUUCGGUCUGGCCAAGGGAAUUCGACUUGACUUAGAAGGUGAUUCGAACGACUACGUUGGUAAAGCAUUGUCCGGCGGCGAGGUCGCAGUAUAUCCGAGUUCAGAGUUUACCGAGCGUGGCAACCCAGAAAACGUGAUUGUCGGCAACGCUGUAUUGUACGGCGCCACCAGCGGCGAGGCAUUUUUCUCGGGCAAAGCAGGUGAGCGCUUCUGCGUUCGCAACUCUGGCGUAAAAGCUGUCGUUGAGGGUGUCGGUGACCACGGGUGCGAGUACAUGACGGGCGGUCGCGUAGUUAUUCUAGGCUCCACCGGACGCAACUUUGCAGCUGGCAUGUCUGGUGGUAUCGCUUAUGUCUUUGACGAGGACAAAACUUUCCAAAAACAGUGCAACAUGGGCAUGGUUGGCGUGGCGCCGCUCAUUGAAACGGCAGGAGAUGCUGAGAUCGAGGAGGUCAAAGCUCUUAUCGUCAAGCACUUUGAGCGCACACAAUCGCCAAAGGCUCAAAAGGUGUUGGAAAAUUGGAACUCUUCAAAGUACAAGUUCAUGCGGGUAAUGCCAUCCGAUUAUGAGCGGGUGUUACUUCACGGCGCAACGGUCGUAAAGGAGACAGAAAUGCUGGCAUCUGCUUCUUUGUAA